UGAAUCAGCACAAAUCUAUUGUGUACUGUCUGUUGUCUCACCAGAAUGCUCCACGUCAGCUAGCUGGCUAAGGAUUUCUGCCACUAGAGCUAGAGAGACAGAUCCCUUGCUGAAGUGAUGCCUGACUGCUUCAUAAUUAUAAUAUAGUAAAAGCAGGUUGCAUUAAUUGAAAAUUGGCAUGAACCCGACAAUUGUGCUAGUGUUGCUCCUGCUUGCGGUUCCCCUCCAACUGUUUUUCAACCACUACCUUGAGCAGGGCUACUCCGCAGGCUCAGUGGAGGGCGACCAUGAUGGCCUCGAUGGAGCUAGGCUCAAUGCCUUACAGAGGCUUGGUUCAUCAGUGGUGAGUCUCAAGCAUCAGUUUGGAGCCACUAUCAGACACUACUCCUCUUGGAAGAACCUCAGAGAACUGUUUGUCAUUCCCCGGAGGAAGAAAGCAAAGAAAACUGAAGCUAUCCACAUCAGUACAUUCAAGUCAGAGAGCGGCAAUAAGAAGAUUAAAAUUGUGACAUCCAACAAACAGUCAGCUACUAAAACAAAGCCAAGUACCUCGUCACAAAGUAAUACCAAGUCCAAUACUUUAAAAAAGAAAGAACCAAAAGAAGCACCUACUUCUAAAGCCAAAGAGGUUGAGGAGUACAUGAUGAGAGAGGUCUACUUUGCACAGUCGAAAGAGCCACGAACCAAACGUCCUUCUAACGUCCACUUUGUUGUCGGGCAAGUUGUCAAGCACAAGAUGGAUGGCUACCAUGGUGUCAUCAUUGGGUGGGACCCUGUGGCAAAGGCUCCUGAUUGGUGGAUUGAGAGAUUCUACGCCAAAGACAGAAUAGAGCAUUUGAUAACCACCCCCCACUACCAUAUCCUGGCUGAUUCCAACUAUGAUGCCUCUGGCACCCCCUAUCAUUACAUUCCGACCGAGGACCUGGAGGCAGCUGCAGGUACCAACCUACAGAUCUCUGCUCCUGAAGUGGACAACUUCUUUGAAGGAUUUAAAAACGGGAAACACAUCCCAAGACCGUGGCUCAAAGACAGAUACCCUCUUGAUUAACCGUUUAAACAUGUAUAUCAGAAUAUCACACGUCACGUUAUCAAUGUCAUUAUUACACUUUUUUGUUGAUAUGAGCAUAUUGAGCAUACAAAAAGUACAAUGAAAUGAAAAUAGUUUUUGCUAUGGCAA